AUGGCACUAUUUGAAGGACCAGUGAACCAUGCAGCUAGUGCUCUCGGACUGCCAUCUGGUGCCAUCAGAAUGAUAUCAGCGCUCUUCGUCUGCCAGAUAUUAUCCUUAAUCCACCGUGCGGUUAUCUCCAAGAUUCAGGACACCACUAAAAGACUGGUUAGUCAUCUUCUGUUGGGACUUUUCAUUGCAUACUACGUGUGGGAUGUGAACUGUGUGCAUCAUAUUGCUUCAGUUCUAGGUAUGUACUUACUCUUUUCGGCACUUCCUUGGAGUAUAGCUGCUAAAAUUAAUUUUGUAUAUCAGCUGGGGUAUAUCGCUGUUGGCUAUUACCAUAAUAAUAUGACGGAGGAUUAUGCCAUCAACUGGACCACGACAAUGGCAACAGUUACCCUCAAGAUGAUUGGACUUGGUUUUGAUUUAAAUGAUAACAAAAAAGACGGAGCAAAGCUGCCAAGCAUUACUAAAAUUCUUGGUCACACAUUUUUCUUUGGCACAUAUCUCGUAGGACCUAUGGACGACUUUAAAAGAUUUGAUGCUUUCAUCGAAGGUCGCCUGUUUAGUGAAGAAAAUCGUCCAGACAUGACGCUAGGUUUAAAACGACUGGCUCUAGGAGUAUUCUUUCUGGUGUUAUCAGUUCCGACCACAGCAUUCUUCUCGACCCAAAACCUCUUUUCAGACCAGUAUUCGGAGCUUCCUUUGGCCUUGAAAAUCUUGUACAUCACAGCUUGGGGACACUUCAGCUUGUUCAGAUACAUAGCAGUUUGGCUGAUUGCUGAGAGCACCUGUAUCUACAUGGGCUACAGUUUUGAUGGUGAGGGUAAAUGGGACGGACUGAAGAACUUUGCAACCACUUCUUUCCACCUGUCGCUCACAGUUCAAGGUCUGAUAGACACCUGGAACAUGCGUACUACUGCUUGGUGUGGAAAGCACAUCUACAAACGGUGCAAGUUCCUAGGAAACAAAACACUCUCCCAGCUCAUCACCAUGAUCUUCCUGGCAAUAUGGCACGGACUCCACGUCGGUUACCUCAUUUUCUUUUUCCAAGAGUUUCUCUACGGGCUCGUCAUGGAGAAAGGAGCUUCCCAGAACACUCUUCUGCAGCGAGUGAGCAGCAUAAUCCCUAAACCGGUGGUAACUGUCUUUCGCUGGUGCUUCAUCAAGUUUUUCAUGUCCUUCACUUUCGUGUCCUUUGAGUUAUACUACAUUGAGAAGAUUAUGUAUGUGUACAGAUCAGUCUACUUCGUGUGCCCAAUUAUUGCUGCUGUAGUGAUUGCUUCUAACAUUGUGUUUGCAGAGGAGAAAUCGUCGGAGAAGCAAGAAUAGGCACUGAUCCAGUAGUAUUUUCGAUUAUUUACGUAGAAUAACGUGACGAGUUACGUCUAGUAGACUGCUGAGUAGAGGUCCCAGACAUUAUAGUAUAUGAUAAACUCUAGAACUUAUAGGUUAGAUGAUUGCAGUGUGUUUCUUCUUUUUUUAAUUGUUAGUAAAUUGUAAAUGUAAAACAUUUGAUCAAAACGCGUUAGUUAAUGUUUAUUAGAAAUUACUCAAUGGUAUGUGUGCCGGGGUUGUAUUUAUACUUUUUAUUCUUUUGAUAGAUGUAGGUUGUAUUACUAAAUAUCAAUUACCAAAUAUUUUAGGGGUUUCAACAAAGUUAAACUUAUUUUUGUAGAUUAUAUUAUACAUAUAUAUUAAUAUUUUAUAAUACAUAAUUAUCUUAUGCUGUGUGAAUUUCAUAACUAACGUGUGAAAUUUGUUUCUAAGUACGGUUAAACCUGUAAAUUUUGUAACGAUCUAUUACUCUGCUACCAUGGUUACCAGGUUACCAGGUUAGUUACCAGGUUAGUUACCAGGUUAGUUACCAGGUUACCAGGUUAGUUACCAGGUUAGUUACCAGGUUAGUUUCCAUGUUACCAGGUU